AUGGACUUACAACUUAUUCUUCAAAUUCUAUCAUGUUGCGCAAUCAUCACCACAAUUGCUUUGUUCCUAUGCGGAAUUCCAAUCUGUAUCGAAAUAAUGCGACGAAAGGGCACGACGGAUAUUAGUGGAGUACCAUUCCUCAUGGGAGUUUUAGGAGGUUCCUUUUGGUUGCGUUAUGGGCUUCUCAAAAUGGACAACACAAUGAUUAUCGUUAACGUUGUCGGCGUCACCUUAUUCUCUAUAUACUGCUUGUACUAUUUUGCCUACACAAGUCCAAAGUGGCGAUUUGGUGUCAAAUUGUUGUUGGUUGCGUCACUCAUUGGUACCAUGAUCGGCUUAGUUGAAUGGCGUCCAAAUAUGGACUACCUAGGUCUUGUCUGUAUGACAUUCAAUAUUCUCAACUUCGGCGCACCUCUGGCCGGAUUGGGUGUUGUGUUGCGAAAGCGUUGUUGUGAUACGGUACCGUUGCCGUUGUGUAUUGCGAAUCUGUUAGUGUCAUCACAAUGGUUCCUUUACGGGAAUAUCGUGCGCGACGCAUACAUUAUGGUGCCAAACGGCAUCGGAAUGGCUCUAGCGGUGCUUCAACUCAGCCUUUUCGUUAUUUUUCCACGACGAGAAAACGGGAAAUCAGUGGUGUCACGUAUGGCCAGAUUCUUUAGUUCUCCUGUAGACGUGGAAAAAGGUGAAGAGUAA